CUAUCAGCUGAACUAUCGAGUAGGCAAAGGGCCACUCAACCCUGCACAGGCCUGCACUCCGUCCCAGGCAGAAUAUCUGGGUAUCUAGGGCGCCUCUUUGUCAUUGCUUUGUUGCAUUCAUUUAUAUAACAUCUGCAAAAGGGGCCCAGCCGCCAAGACAAAAGGUGUUGCAUCACGAUUGCACGCGCGCGCGGCAAUCCCAGUCGCAUCCAGGCGUCCACAGCUAUUCACACCAUAGUUGCUGCAUACCACCGCCUUUAGCCGUCGGAGAGGCGGCCCGCCCAUCGCGAUGGGUUUUCAGCUAUCGCUCCGCUCGUCGGUCCGGUUCAUUGAGUAUGAUGAGGACAACCGGCCAAACGGUUAUGGUGGUCGGGAAGUGGUAUGCCAUGUGGCUGGGCCCAUUCCGAGCCCGGUGAUGAAGGACCCGGCUGGGUACUACUUCCACUUGAGGGCGCUGCAGCAGGCGGGGCUGUGGGAGGACCCGGCGGAGGCGGCGGCCGAGGCCGCGGCGGCCGCGGCGGAGGCGGGCGCCGCCGCGUCCCCGUCCGGCGCCGCCGCCAGCGCGGACGACAAGCCACCCCCGGGUGUGGAGUGGAAGGGCAGCAAGGCGCGCAAGCGCAAGCAGGUGAAGAAGAAGGAGACGGACCCGUACGCGCUGCUGGGGCUGUCCAACGAGCGCUGGACGGCCACGGAGGCGCAGAUCCGCGCCGCCUACCGCAAGGUGUGCCUGGAGGCGCACCCCGACAAGGCGCUGGUGAACGUCACGGACGAGGCGGAGAAGGAGCGCAUCCAGGACCACUUCAAGCUGAUCCAAGACGCGUACGACACUCUGUCGGACAAGGACAAGCGGCGCGAGUUCGACUCAAUCGACGAGUUCGACGACACGCUGCCGACCCAGUGCGACCCCAAGGACUUCUUCAAGGUGUUUGGCCCGGCCUUCCGGCGCAACUCGCGCUGGUCGGAGAAGGAGGGGGUGCCGGACGUGGGCGACGAGGCCACCAGCUGGGAGGACGUGUGCAAGUUCUACGACUUCUGGUACACGUUCAAGUCGUGGCGUGAGUUCCCGCACCCGGAUGAGGAGGACGUGGAGGCGGCGGAGAGCCGCGAGCACCGCCGCUGGAUCGAGCGCAACAACUCCAAGCUGCGCGAGAAGGGCAAGAAGGACGAGGGCCGCCGCCUGCGCGAGUUCGUGGACGCCGCCUACAAGUACGACCCGCGUGUGGCGCGCAAGAAGGAGGACGACCGCCUGGAGCGGGAGCGCAGGAAGGCGGAGAAGGAGGAGGCGCGCCGCCGCGUGCUGGAGGAGGAGGAGGCGCGCAAGGCGGCGGCGGAGGCGGCCAAGCGGGCGGUGGAGGAGGAGGCGAAGCGGCAGAUUGAGGAGGCUCGCAAGGUGCGCGAGGCGGCCAAGGCGCAGAGCAAGCAGGUCCGCAAGCGCCUGCGCAUCAUCGCGGAGGGGGCAGAUGGCAAGCGGCUGGCCAGCGAGGACGAGGUGGAGAAGCUCACGCAGCGGAUGGAGGCCGAGGCGCUGGCGGCGCUGGUGGACACGCUGUGCGGGGUGGGCGGCGCGCCAGGCAGCGCUGAGCAGCAGGCGGAGCUGCGCGCCCUGCUGGACGAGGCGCUCAGGGGCAUCGACACCAAGGAGGAGGAGGCCGCCCGCGCGCGCGAGGCCGCCCGCAAGGAGGCGGAGCUGGCGGCCAAGGCGGCGGCGCGCGAGGAGCACCGGCGCAAGAUGGCGGCCAUGCGCGAGUGGACGGAGGAGGAGCUGCGCCUGCUGGACAAGGCCUGCAACAAGUUCCCCAUGGGCACGCCCAAGCGCUGGGAGGCGGUGGCUGGGUUUGUGCGCACUCGCACGCUUGAGGAGGUGCUGCUGAUGGUCAAGGACCGGCAGGGCGCCUCGGCCACGCGCAUGAAGGCGCAGGAGGACUGGAAGGGCGCGCAGAAGAACCCGGCGGCGGUGCGCGCGCAGGCGGACACACGCGCCCAGGCGUUCACGGACGUGGAGGUGACACUGGAGGGCGAGGCGCAGGCGCUCAUCAUGCCCGCGAGCACCACCCCCGCCCCCGCCGCCCCCGCCGCCGCCAAGCCCGCGGCUGCCAAGCCCGCGGCUGCCAAGCCCGGAGUGGCGGCAGCGGCCAGCACCGCCAGCAGCAGCAGCGGCGGCGGCGCGGUGGCCAACGGCGCUGCCAGCACGACGUCCACAGCCAGCGCGGCACCGGCAGCGGCGGCAGCAGCGCCAGCAGCAGCACCAGAAGCGGCAGCACCAGCAGCGGCGGCGGCACCAGCAGCACCCGUGGCGUCAGACGCGACCUCUGCGGCUGCUGGGGCAAAGGCGGGCAAGAAGGCGGCGGCGGAUUCGCCCUGGACGGAGGCCCAGGAGCUGGCGCUGGUGGCGGCGUUGAAGCAGUGCCCCAAGGAGCUGGGGGCGGAGCGCUGGGACGCGGUGGCCAAGCUGGUGCCGGGGCGCAGCAAGGCGCAGUGCUUCAAGCGCUUCAAGGAGCUGCGGGAGGCCUUCCGCAGCAAGAAGGGCGCGGGCGGCGCGGGCGGCGCGGACGGCGACGACGGCGACGAGUGAGCGGCGGGACUGGCGUGCGCGCAGGGUUCGUGGUGGCGUGGGAGUGUGGCGGUGUGAGGAUGGGAGUGUGGCGGUGUUAGGGUCGGAGCGCUGUUGUGUGAAAUACUAGUGGGCUAGUGGGCUCGGUCAUAGGUGCGUGCCAGGGCCGCAGUGUGUGCGUGUGGGUGUGUCGUGUUUCCAUGAUAGCUGCAAGGUGUGGCGGUGUCAACGGCUAGCUGAGAGUGUGGGACUGAUGAGAGGCUUGACACGUCUGCUGUGGGUUAUGCUGCACAGACGUUGCGCUGAAGAUGUAGGGCGCAUGACUGGUGUCGUGGGGCAGGCAGCAGCAGAGAGCAGGAGAGGGGCUAGAGCGGCGGUCCACACGGCCGCAAGAUAGAUGAGUGAGCGGGCGGGGGGAGGGUGCUUGCAUGCGAGAGCCAUAGCAGCACUGCACUCGGGCUGCCACAGGGCGAGGCGCGCUUUGGCAACUGUGGCUAAAGGAAGGAAGACGUGCAUGUGGGGGUAUUCGUUGGUGCGCAGGACUGCAUUGCGACGCGCGCCGCCUAGGACUUUCGUUGUGAGUCCGGUCAGCGUUGGGCGGUGCUUCACCAGUAACCGAUGAGACAAAUAAACCAUUUAAC